AUGUGGCUCGAAAAGUACGCCCCGCAGAGCCUGGAUGAGCUGAAAAUUCAUAAGGACAUCACGCAGAGGCUGAAGAAGCUGAGCGCGCAUAAGGACCUCCCGCAUAUCAUUUUUUACGGAGCGCCCGGAGGAGGAAAAAGUACCAGAAUAGACUGCUUAAUAAAAGAAAUAUUUAAGGAAGAAAAAAUAAUCAGGAGACCAGAGUGCCUAACGAAUGCAGAAAGUAAAAUUAGCAUAAACGUGGUUCAAAGUAAUUAUCAUCUAGAGUUACAAUGCUUCGAGUUAGGAACCAAGGACAAAAUAAUUGUGCAAAAUGUAAUUAAAGAGUUAUGUAGCUACAAAUCAAGUGCGUCUUUUUUUUCAAAAACGCCCAUGUACAGAAUAUUUGUUUUUAAAGAUGCUGAGUUUUUAAGUGAAGGAGCUCAAGCAGGGUUGCGAAGGACAUUAGAAACGUACAUAAGAAAUGCUAGAGUCAUUUUACACUUGGAGCAUCUGUCAAAAAUUAUCGAGCCAUUAAAGAGUAGGUGUAUUUGUAUUCGAGUUCCUCUCCCGACGGAACAAGAAAUUUUUGGGGUCCUAAAAGAUAUAAGUGAAAAUGAGCAUGUUCCGGAUCCCUUCUGUUCAGAAGAUUUUUUCAAAACUUUAAUUAAUAAACAUGGAAGAAAUUUAAGGAAAUGUAUUAUGGCAUUGGAAAUGACGGUUUAUUCAAAUUCGGCUAAACCACAUCAGUCCCUUUCUGUCGCUUCUACCUACAUAAACGAACUGUGCGAUUUUGCUUUUGUAAAUCCUUCGCAAAUAAAAAUGAAAGAAUGUGUGACGAAGAUUCAGAGUUUAAUAACGUGUCAAAUUCCUGUCAACUUCAUUUUUGAAACGAUCAUUAAAUAUUUGUUACGGAAUAAAUUUGAUUACAAACUCAAGUACUUUUUCCUCAAAUUGUGUUCGCACUUUUCCUUCCUGUCGGAGAACUCCUUCGACAAGAGCAUCUCCCUCAUUGCCUUCAUUGUCAAUGCCAACACCGCAAUUAUUAAGUACAACUUGGCCAAGAAGUAG